GUGUCUACAAAACCGGUACUCGACGAGUUAAUUGAAAUAAACGCUUUGACUUUGACUUUUAAAAUUUUCAAUAUUGUGUUCAAAGAGAUCUGUUGGCAAGCGCUAACUAAAGACGUGAAUUACUCACUUAUACUGAAGUAUUUACUAUCUGUGUGGUUUAUAUUAUCGCUAAUGUCAUAAUAUAUUACGUGAUAAGGUAACGUUUGAUAAACAUUGAUAUUGUAUGUAACUGUCUUCCGCACGCUACUGACGUAUGACGUCACUACUUCGUGUGCAAUCAGGGAUCUUAGUUUUAUAGGGGACAUCAUUGACUAACAAAAUGACUAAGGCGAAAGAGGCACAGAUAAAAAAAUCCCGCAACUUAAACCGUGACGUCACGGAUCUGCUGAUGGGAGGAACAUCAGCUAUGUUCGCCUCCAUGUUCACAAACCCCAUCGAAGUGGUGAAGACCAGGUUGCAGCUGCAGGGGGAAUUGAAAGCAAGGGGCAAACACGCCGUGUUUUAUAAAAAUGUUCCUCAUGCUAUAUUCGUCGUGGGCAAAAACGAAGGACUGGGUGCCUUACAACGUGGAUUGACGGCUAUGCUCGGGUUUCAAUUCUUUUUGAACAUAUUCAGAUUAGGCUCCUUCCGGAUGGCAGAAAGAAGGGGUAUAUUAAAAGAUGCUAGUGGGGCUACAUCAUUGCUCAAGGGUGCAGGAGUCGCGGGUGUUGGCGGGGCCCUCGGCUCUAUAGCUGGUACUCCGUUCUACUUGGUGAAGACUAGGCUACAGGCUCAGGCAGCCAAAGCCAUAGCAGUAGGACAUCAGCAUAAAGGCACCAGCACUAGUGGCGCUCUUAUUGAAAUAUUUAGAAACGAAGGGUUUAAAGGUUUAUUCCGAGGGGUGGGUCCACAAAUACCUCGCGGCAUGGCGGGCAGCGCGUCCCAGAUCUUAAGCUUCACUUAUGCGAAGGAGUGGUUGCGAGCACACAACUGGUUCACCCAGUACCCUUUGAUGCUGUCCUUCUUCGGGGCCAAUCUUGGAGGAAUCGUCAUGACGCUCUGUUUAAACCCAUUCGAUGUCAUCGCUACCAGGCUGUGUAAUCAACCGGUAGAUGCAAACAACAAAGGUACUUUAUACAAAGGUAUGAUUGACUGCGGCUACAAGAUGAUCAGAUACGAAGGGCCACGCUCGUUGUACAAGGGUCUCACUGCAAACUAUAUACGGCUAGGUCCUCACACAGUGAUCCUACUGAUGUGCUGGGAUAAGCUUAAAGAGAUUGAUGACUACUUACGUAGCUGACAUACCUCUUAAAUACAAUUUGGGCUUGAGUAGUAUAUAGUCGAGUUAAUAUAUGGCUACAUCACACAAUCUUGUAACACUGUUCAACCAUUAUAUUCAAAAUAUUUAGAAAAAGGUAUAAUUAAAUUCUUCUGUAGUUGGCAACACACUCGUGAUGCCUCUGAUGUUGCCAGUGCACAUAGGCUAUAGUGACCGUUCAGUUAGACGGGCCGUAAGCUAUGUUGCUACUAUAGAUAAUACAAAAAAAAAUAGCAUAAUCGAACAAAGUGCAAUCGUACGUACUUAUAAAUAUUUUGAGUAUAUUUUUGGCAUAUUUUGACACUCGUUUGUUGCUCAUUUUUAAGCGUUAUUUUUUUGAUAGAUCAUGUUUAUGUAAUAUGUUAUCUGUACAAAGUAGUAUAAUUAUUGAAGAAACAUCUAAUCAUAGUAUUUAUGCCUUAGCUUUACCUUUUUAAUCUGGGCGCUCAUGUUAUAUUUAUGACUAAUGUUCUAAUUGGUUUAAGCAUAUGUUUUAAUCGUGUUACGACAAUAAAUCAUUUUGUUAAAAUG